AUGCGAAACGAAUACAUUUUUCAAGCGACUAAGGCCGAAGAAUGGGUCACGCUUGUCAAGCAAUUUUCGCAGAGAUCCUUUACAUAUCAGGCGGACAAGAUGCCUGUGCUCAUGGGCAUUGUAUCAGAGUGGGAGACCCUGUUUGACCAGGGUAUGUACUGGGCCGGACUCUGGUCCACGACAAUAGCCAAGGGCCUCAUCUGGAAAGCUAAUGGCGGCUACUCUCCACGGUCGGCCUGCAAAUCGUACGUUGCACCGUUGUGGUCCUGGGCUUCUCGUGCCCAUCCCGUUUAUUACCAAGCAUUGACAGAGAUCAAUUAUUGCAAAGGAGUUGGUUCAUUCGAAGUAGUUUCGUGUGAGGUGAUCCCCGUUCACGAGGACCUGCCCAACGGUGCGAUCAAAUCAGCCCGGUUAACUGUUAAGUGUGUCGCGGAGCGGGUUGACCUAGGGGACCCCGAAUCCGAGGAUAUUAGAUGCAAAGUGUCAAGUGGACUAGUGAGCUUGGAAUUCGAUGACAGUCCUAGGCCGCGAGAUAUCAGAAAAGCCUGGCUGCUAUACAUUAACGACGAGGAGCCAUAUAAUAACUCGUAUGGAACUGGGAUAGCGGUUACUGAAGUCGAUAACGCUAAUGCUGAUGGCACUAAGUUAUAUAAGCGAAUAGGUUGCUUUGUUUACGGGGGGGCGAGGGGGACUUAA